GUGCGGGAUGCCGGGCUGUUGGCGGCGCUCAUGCCAAAUGUAACCUCUCGCUCAGGGUGUUCGGAGAAAAGCUGCGCAUGCGCAGUGUUCUUAACAGGUCGGCCGUCUGGCCCCGGGGAGAGUGUCGGAUCCAUGGGAGGAUGAAGGAGAUGGUUGGAGGUUGUUGCGUGUGCUCGGAUGAGAGGGGCUGGGCCGAAAACCCGCUGGUCUAUUGUGACGGGCACGGGUGCAAUGUGGCCGUGCACCAAGCAUGUUAUGGCAUUGUGCAGGUGCCCACAGGACCAUGGUUCUGCCGAAAAUGCGAAUCACAAGAACGAGCUGCCAGGGUGAGAUGUGAUCUUUGCCCACAUAAAGAGGGGGCGCUUAAGAGAACGGACAAUGGAGGUUGGGCACAUGUGGUAUGUGCACUGUACAUCCCAGAGGUUCAGUUUGCCAAUGUCCUGACAAUGGAGCCUAUUGUCCUGCAAUAUGUGCCUCAUGAUCGAUUUAAUAAGACAUGCUACAUCUGUGAAGAACAGGGAAGAGAGAGCAGGGCCGCUUCUGGGGCCUGUAUGACUUGUAAUCGGCAUGGCUGUCGGCAGGCAUUUCAUGUGACAUGUGCUCAAAUGGCUGGUCUGCUGUGUGAGGAGGAGGCUCAAGAGGUUGACAAUGUUAAGUACAUUGGCUACUGCAAGUACCACUUCAACAAGAUGGUGAGAGAUCCACAGAAAGUCUCCCGACUCCCUUGUCCCAUCAUACCUGGGCGCUGCAGCCGGUCAGAUUCCCCUUCAAUGGAAAAAACCCUCUAUUACAAAGAGCGGCAGAAAAAGAGUCAUAAGGACCGGGAGCGUGUUCGCCAUAGGAAGCACCGUGAUUCACCAGGGCACAUAACUGCCCCACCCCUACUGCCCAUCUCUGUGGAGAAGCAUGAAAUCAGCGCAGACAGUCCAGAGGUCACAAGGUCAGAGUUAAAAGGCAAGAAACCAUAUGAACACAGAGGUCGCAAAAUAGGAAGUGGAAAAAAUGCUUCUGGAGCCAGUGGUGCAUCCUCUACAGGUAGUGUUUCCUCUCCUCCUGAUUUGGUCACUUUCCCCAAGUUGGAAGAACAGGAGGAGGAAGAGGAGGAUGAUGAAGAAGAGGAUGAUGAUGACGCAGGGAGAUCCUCCAGGCCAACACCAUCAUCUCCUCCAGAACUCACAUUCUCCAGCUUUGGUUCCAUCAUGCGCUUCUCUAGUGAAUCCUUAACACAUGCCCGACCAUGGGACACCUCCUCUGGGGAAGCUAGACAGCAGAAGUGGAGCAGAGAUGGUACUGAGCCCCCACGGGAAAAGAAACGCAAGGGCAGCCAGAAAAGUAGACAUGGUCCUGGAAGACCCCGGGGGAGCAAGAAUAACCCACCACAUAGCAUGUCCUCUUCCAGUUUGCCUCUUCCUCCACGGCAUUACACACACCAAUCUGCUCUUCACAGUGUCAGCAUGGAGUCGUCCCUGCUAUCCUCAGGUAUCUACACCAGUAAUAAGGACCCCAUCUCUGUAAGGACGGCGUGCAGCACCCCAAUCCCUUCCAGCAUCUUAUCUCACCAGACCUCCCUUCCUCCAUACAGCAGAGCUUGCUCCAUAACCCCUUCUUCCACAGCCUCCACCACACAGGUCUUUUCAUUGCCUGGCUCCACAUUUAGCAUCCCGUCAUCUCACAUUUUUGGAAGUCCUCUAUCCAUGCCUCCACUCCUGAGCCAAACUGAAAGCAAUAGGACAGAGCCUGAAAUCGAAGAUUGCAGCUUUGUGUGUAGUGGAAGUUCUCCAAGAGAAAGUCUUUCCUCCAUGUCACCCAUCAGUAGUCUCCCUCCUCUGUUUGAUUCAAGUGGCCCAUCCAAUAGCGACAAUGUACCACAGAUCACAGCCAACCUUGAGCAGUUGCUGGAGAAGCACGGAGAGGCAGGGGUUAACAUUGUGGACAUGCUUCAAGCUCUGCACUCUCUGCAGAAAGAGAAUCGUUCCCUGCAGGAUCAGAUAUUGACUCUUACGGCUCGUAAAGAAAAGCUACAGCUACUCAAUGUCCAGCUGGCUUGCCCCUUUCCUCCAAGUUUACCACCAACCAAUAUCUCUAAUUUGAGUUCCCAGGACUCCUUCAGCAAUAAGAGUCCUUCUUCAAAGGGCAGCUUUCGAAUGGAAAACUCUCCUUCUGAGGAUCCACACUCUGGCUGCCCAAGUAGAAGCAGUUCCUGUCUGUCGCACCAUAGUACUCCUCCCCCAGGUCCUCUGUCUCAGACAGCACCAUCACUUCCUGCCAUGGGAGCAGAGCAACUAAUGAAUGGGCUGAUACGAGCUGCAGUCCCCGGAGCCCCCUCUACACUAGCAGCUCUUCCUCUUCUUGGCGCUCUCUCUGGAAAUCCUGGAAUGCUGUCACUAAACAGCAUAAUGGGAAAUAUUAAUGGAAGUCUUCAGGGCACUCUAGGACAGGCCCACAAUCCCCUAUGCAGCGGGACUGCCAGCACACAUAUACCAGCCAGCAGCCUGUCCCCUCUGAACACACUGUCAGAGCAGCAGAGGCAGCUAGCACAGCAGUUACAGCAGAUCACAACUGCUCAUCUUACUGUGGAUCAGCAAAAUGUCUUGUAUCAAAUUGUCCAGCACCUUCAGCAGCGGAGGGACCUCCAGCGUCUUAUGACGCCACCUGCCCCACCUCUGCUUCCUGUGACAUCAACAUGUAGCACUAUGGCAUCUUCACCUACCCCACCCAUCCUUACUGCACAAGCCCCUCCUUUCCUGGGAUCUCAAGGCGAGAGGGGUGGUGAGAAGACGCCCACAAAUCAUGACAAGGGAUGAACCACACCCCCAGAAUCUACCACAUCUGAACAUUCUCUACCCAACCAAAGGGGCCUGGAGCAGAGGAGAGGAUGUUCCCAAAGUCAUCAGUAAAAGGGAAUAUCGAGAAAGUAGGAGGUUACCCAACACAAACAUAUUAAAAAGUGCCGAAUGGUCUGUAGGAGAGUUGAUUCCAUGUAGUCAGU